UCCUUCAUUACUUAUAAUUGGCCUAGUCGAUUCUAGUACUAACGAUUAGGAAAUUUCCCUUCUUGCAACUCUCAAAUCAACGAAUUUCUUCUAUCUUUAUUUCCAUCUGCUCAAAUAGUUUUUGUGCAACAAAUAAGUAAAUCUUGAUCUAGAUUCUAAUAUGCGUGGAAGGGGACGUCGUUCUGGGCGAGGCGGAGCAAAUCAACAAAGAAGAGGUAAUUCUCAGCCUGAUGCUGAAGUUGAAGCCACAAACCAGACAGAACCUGAUGAAAUUGAGCCUAAAAGUGAAAUUUCUGAACCAAAUGAUGAGCAGAUGAAAAUUGAAAUUGUCGAUUCAACUUCACCGAAAAAGGAGGUUUUCAAAAACAUGCUAGAACAGACAUCAGAUUUGAUUGCUGUUUUAGCUAACAAUGUCUCUGAUCUUCAGUCAGAUGAAAAAGUAGAAACUGAGAUGGAACAAAACACCGAGGCUGAUGAACCAAAGGAUGAGACCGCCGGUGGAAGCUGGUGUACUUUGAAGAUGGAAUAUUCUGGUGCUGAGCAAAAUGAAAGUCAGAAGGAAAUGGAGAAGUUUGUCACCUCCAGGCAUCCUUGUAUGAUGCUCAAUGAAAAGGAGAAACAAGCAAUAAGCUAUGAGCUUGAGUCAGAAACUGGAAUGCCACAGAACAGAGAGUACAUUAUGUUCUGUGAGAUCCGUGGCCAGAAGUUUUGUGGCCAGGGGAAGAGCAAGAAGCUGGCCAGGGCCAAAGCUGCAGAAACUGCUCUCAGGGAGCUGUACAACAUCAUCUAUGACCCAGAAGCCCCCGAUGUUGGUGUCAAGAAGAAAGCAACAAAACGCAAGGCACCACUACCUGUAGAAGAACCAACUGACCAGCAGGCGCCAUCUGAGCCAAGGCCAGAAGGGGAGGAGGAGGACAUGCUGGGUAAAAGGGGGGCCGCGGGGGAACUGCGCCCCAAGAAGAAACGGCGCCUGGCCGGCCCACCUGAGCCAAAGAACGCCCUGAUGCACUUAAAUGAGCUGCGCCCAGGCACGCAGUUCAAGUUUGUGUCUCAGACCGGCCCGGUCCACGCCCCCAUCUUCGUCAUGUCUGUUGAGGUCAACAACCAGACCUUCGAGGGCCGCGGCAACUCCAAGAAACUGGCCAAGCUUCACGCAGCCGAGCUGGCGCUGAAGUCGUUCGUCCAGUUUCCCGAUGCCUCUGAAGCCCACCAAGCCCUGGGGCGCGGGUUCCUGCCGUCCACGGCUGACUUCACCACUGACAGUGACCUGACUGGCUCGGAACUUCUCUUUAACGACUUUGAGAACAAAGAUGAAAACAGUGCCAAUCUUGAUGAUGUCACUGCAGCCAAUGGUGAUAGUGCAGCUAUAAAUAGAGCUCAGGCUCUAAACAUCCAGAAAAAACUUCAAGCCAUUCCAGAACAGCAGUCCAACAAAAACCCUGUCAUGGUGCUCAAUGAGAUCCACAGGGGUGUCAAGUUUGAAUUUGUCUCUGAAAUAGGGGAGAGAAAUUUUAGGAUAUUCAACAUGAAAGUCACUGUUGGUAGCAGGGACUUUCUAGGCUCAGGACGCAGCAAGAAACUAGCCAAGUAUAAUGCUGCCCUCAAUGCCCUGAAAGUCUUGCAUGGCAUCAACCACUUUGAGAGGAGGGAUAUGACUGCAGUGAAUGAAGAGUCCAUCCAGGGCGACCCCCAGGUGCUGGCCGACCACGUGGCCCAGAUGGUGUUCAACAAGUUUGGGGAGCUCACCGACAACUUCUCUUCCUCGUUUGCCAGGCGGAAAGUUCUAGCUGGCAUCGUCAUGACGUCAGGCAAGGACGGUGACCCCGGACAGGUCAUCUGUGUCGGCACUGGAACCAAGUGCAUCAACGGGGAGUACCUGAGUGAGAAGGGGUCAGGGGUCAAUGACUGCCACGCUGAGGUCGUGUGUCGGCGCCUGUUGAUGAGGUACCUCUACUCCCAGCUCAUGCUUCACUUGGACCCGUCCACAGCGGGGGAGUCCAUUCUAGAGCUGCGGCCUGAGGGGGGGUACAAUCUGAAGGAUGGGAUCAAGUUCCACCUGUACAUCAGUACAGCCCCCUGCGGGGAUGCCAGGAUAUUUUCACCCCACGAGAAGAAACUGGCCGGACAGAAAGAACCGGAACAACAGCCUGAGGGCGCUGAAGCCUCUGGGGAUAAUGGCAACACCAGCAGCGGUCCUGAGGCAAUGGAGACAGACAAGCACCCCAACAGGCGAGCCCGGGGGCUGCUGCGGACAAAGAUAGAGUCAGGGGAGGGAACCAUUCCGGUCAAGGUCUCCGGCACCAUACAGACCUGGGAUGGGGUGCUGCAGGGGGAGCGACUCCUGACCAUGUCGUGUAGUGACAAGAUCACCAAGUGGAACGUCCUUGGUGUGCAAGGUUCCCUACUCAGCCACUUCAUCACCCCUGUCUACCUGAGCAGCAUCAUCGUGGGCAGUUGGUACCACAGCGAGCACAUGGUGAGGGGCGUGUACGGCCGGGUCAGCCACAUGACCCCGCCCUCCCCCCUGUACAGACUAAAUAAACCUUUCCUGAGCGGCAUCUCCAGCCCUGAGUGCCGGCAGCCGGGGAAAACUCCAAACUUCUCUGUCAACUGGUUUGUGGGUGAGAGCUCUAUGGAGGUGGUCAACCCCACCACUGGCAAGACGGACAAGGGCGGAAUCUCCAGGCUCUGCAAACAGGCCAUGUUCAAGAACUUCCUCACCUUGUAUGGCAACGUCAGUUCUCUGUCCAGCCAGGGCGUUGUGGAGAGACCAAGACUGUACUCCGAGGCCAAAGCAGCGGUCAUGGACUAUCAGCUGACCAAACAAACCUUGAUCCAGGCCUUCCAGCAAGCCAACCUGGGGCUGUGGGUCAAGAAACCCCACGAGCACGAUGAGUUCCCUCUGGCAGAGUUCUAGAGCACAGACAAAUAGAUGGCACAUCUUUAGGGCUUUUAUACAAGUUGACCCUUUCAAACAUAGGGCUUUUAUACAAGUUGACCCUUUCAAACAUAGGGCUUUUAUACAAGUUGACCCUUUCAACCCUGGGGCUUUUAUACAAGUUGACCCUUUCAACCCUGGAGCAAUGGAUGUCAAGCAGCCUUUAUAUAUAACUUAAUAUAAAAAAUUACCCCUUAAGCUCUGUGACAUCUUAGGUAAUGUAGCUUUGAAGGUGAAUAUAAUGUAAUUAAUAAUUGAAGGUAAACAGGCUCAAGUGAUGGCUUAAUGCGCGCCUGAGUGUACAAAGGACUAACACUAAUGUCUGAUGCCAAUGGGACAAUUAACAAGAGAACUUAGUGUGUUCAUUCCGGUGUGCAAAUGCCCUAAAAUGAAUAGUCCUGUCCUUGUGUUUAUCUCGUUUAUUGUGCAGCUAUUAUGUAACAAGUUUAUUUGUCCCUGUAUAUUUUUUACCUUCAUUUGAUCUGUUACCGUUAUGGCAGUUAUUGUCAGUUUUUAAGGUACAAGACUGGGAGUUUUGUUUUAUGGAAUUUUAGCUUCUUCCGAAUUUUUUUUGGUCUUGUUAAAAAUCUUAAACAUUUUUAUUAUAUGGUUUUUACUAUUUUAUUUGUUGCUAAAAAAUAAUAUAUGUAUUAGAACUUAUGGAUCAUUGCCCAUAUUUUGUGUAGUGUGAAAACGUUACAGUGGAUAAAACAACUGUACAGUUUUAAUGGACACUUAACAUGUAUAUUUUUAUAUAAAACAUUCAGAAACAUGAAUUUUCUCUUUUAAGUUACGUGUAUUUUUUUAAUACUUCCAGUAUUGGAGGCUUUUAUUGUUUAACAUUUUAAGAGUGUUAACUAGAUGUCUAACACAAGUCCUCAUAUAUAACUACAUACAGAAAGUAUGAAUUUCUCAUUUUAAUUAUGUUCUAAGAAUGAAUUAGGACAAAUGGUAAAAUAAUCUUUAAAUUAGCAUUUCAUAUUUGACUUUGUAAAAUUCAGUGCAAGCCUAUGAAAUGCCUUCAGAUUCAAUAAAUGCUGUUGAAAUUUAA